GUUUACGUGGAUGAGAUCACUUCUGCACGGGGGGGGGAACAAAUAGUUUUACGACUCUCUGCUCGCUCUUUUGUUUUGAAAACAAUCAAAGAUAUAUAAGACAUCAAAAUAAUUAUUUAGGAAAAUUCCUCCGAGGGAAAUCGGGUGUAUAGAGCUUUUAGCUUCCGUGACAAAGUCUUUCAAACCAUGAGCUUGCAACCUCCCAUUUUAUGAUUGCUUCCGUCUUCUUCCGCUUCAGCCAAUAGCGGAGCUGUUCCCUGCUCCCCGCCCACUUCGCCCCACCUUCCUGAAGGUCUAGGAACGCUUUCCCAACAUGCUCUGCGGAGAAGUCAAAGAUGGCGGCUGUAGCUGCUGUUCGCUGGCUGCGGCUCCGCAGCAGGCUUGGCCAGGCGCUGACGGGUCGGCGGGCGCGUCUGUGUGAACAGGCACGCAGCUACAGAUUUUAUUCUGGUAGUGCAACCCUCUCAAAGGUUGAAGGAACUGAUAAAGCAGGGAUUGAAGAAGUAGUAAUUCCAAAAAAGAAAACUUGGGAUAAAGUAGCCGUUCUUCAGGCACUUGCAUCCACAGUAAACAGGGAUACCACAGCUGUGCCUUAUGUGUUUCAAGAUGAUCCUUACCUUAUACCAGCAUCCUCUUUGGAAUCUCGUUCAUUUUCACUGGCAAAGAAAUCUGGAGAGAAUGUGGCCAAGUUUAUUAUUCAUUCGUACCCCAAAUAUUUUCAGAAGGACAUAGCUGAACCUCAUAUACCGUGUUUAAUGCCUGAGUACUUUGAACCUCAGAUCAAAGACGUAAGUGAAGCCGCCCUGAAGGAACAAAUCGAGCUCAGAAAAGUCAGAGCCUCUGUGGACAUGUUUGAUCAGCUUUUGCAAGCAGGAACCACUGUGUCUCUUGAAACAACAAAUAGUCUCUUGGAUUUAUUGUGUUACUAUGGUGACCAGGAGCCCUCAACUGAUUAUCAUUUUCAACAAACUGAACAGUCAGAAGCAUUGGAAGAGGAAAAUGAUGAGACAUCUAGGAGGAAAGCUGGUCGUCAGUUUGGAGUUACAUGGCAAGCAAAAAACAACGCUGAGAGAAUCUUUUCUCUAAUGCCAGAGAAAAAUGCCCAUUCCUAUUGCACAAUGAUCCGAGGAAUGGUGAAGCACCGAGCUUGUGAGCAGGCAUUAAACUUGUACACUGAGUUACUAAACAACAGACUCCGUGCUGAUGUAUACACAUUUAAUGCAAUGAUUGAAGCAACAGUAUUCGUGAUAAAUGAGAAAUUUGAGGAAAAAUGGAGUAAAAUACUGGAGCUGCUAAGACACAUGGUUGCACAGAAGGUGAAACCAAAUCUGCAGACUUUUAAUACCAUUCUGAAAUGUCUCCGAAGAUUUCAUGUGCUUGCAAGAUCGCCGGCCUUACAGAUUUUACGUGAAAUGAAAGCCAUUGGAAUAGAACCCUCGCUGGCAACAUAUCACCAUAUUAUUCAGCUGUUUGAUCAACCUGGAAACCCUUCAAAGAGAUCAUCCGUCAUCAUUUAUGAUAUAAUGAAUGAAUUAAUGGAAAAGAGAUUUUCUCCAAAGGACCCGGAUGAUGAUAAGUUUUUUCAGUCAGCCAUGAGCAUAUGCUCAUCUCUCAGAGAUCUAGAACUUGCCUACCAAAUACAUGGCCUUUUAAAUACCGGAGACAACUGGAAAUUCAUUGGACUUGAACAUCAUCGUAAUUUCUAUUAUUCCAAGUUCUUCGAUUUGAUUUGUCUAAUGGAACAAAUUGAUGUCACCUUGAAGUGGUAUGAGGACCUGAUACCUUCAGUCUACUUUCCCCACUCCCAAACAUUGAUACAUCUUCUCCAAGCAUUGGAUGUGGCCAAUCGGCUAGAAGUGAUUCCUAAAAUUUGGAAAGAUAGUAAAGAAUAUGGUCAUGCUUUCCGCAGCGAGCUGAGAGAAGAGAUCCUGAUGCUCAUGGCAAGGGACAAGCACCCACCAGAGCUUCAGGUGGCAUUUGCUGACUGUGCUGCUGAUAUCAAAUCUGCGUAUGAAAGCCAACCCAUCAGACAGACUGCUCAGGAUUGGCCAGCCACCUCUCUCAACUGUAUAGCUAUCCUCUUUUUAAGGGCUGGGAGAACUCAGGAAGCCUGGAAAAUGUUGGGGCUUUUCAGGAAGCAUAAUAAGAUUCCUAGAAGUGAGUUGCUGAAUGAGCUUAUGGACAGUGCAAAAGUGUCUAACAGCCCUUCCCAGGCCAUUGAAGUAGUAAAGCUGGCAAGUGCCUUCAGCUUACCUAUUUGUGAGGGCCUCACCCAGAGAGUAAUGAGUGAUUUUGCAAUCAACCAGGAACAAAAGGAAGCCCUAGGUAACCUAACUGCAUUGACCAGUGACAGUGAUACUGACAGCAGCAGUGACAGCGACAGUGACACCAGUGAAGGCAAAUGAAGGUGGAGAUUCAGGAGCAGCAAUUGCCUCACCAUAGCUGCUGGAAUCACACCUGAGAACUGAGAUAUACGAAUAUUUAACAUUGUUACAAAGAAGACAAGAUACAGAUUUGGUGAAUUUGUUACUGUGAGGUACAGUCAGUACACAGCUGACUUAUGUAGAUUUAAGCUGCUAAUUUGCUACUUAAUAACGAUCUAUUAAUGCACCAUUAAAGGCUUGGCAUUUAAGUAGCAACAUUGCAGUUUUCAGACACGUGGUGAGGUCCAUGGCUCUUGUCAUCAGGAUAAGCCUGCACACCUACAGUGUCGGUGAGCUGACCUCACGAUGCUGUCAUCGUGCGAUUGCCCUCUCCUGCUGCUGGACUUCUGCCUUUGUUGGCCUGAUGUGCUGCUGUGAUGCUGGUCCUUCAUCUUAGAAAGGUGUUCAUGCAGUUCUAUCACAGUUGGGGUUGGGUCAGUAGUUUCCCAAUUUCAGGAUAUUUUGAUGUCAGAAAUAAUGCAUCUUAGGAAUGACUAAACAAGAUAAUGGCAGUUUAGGCUGCACAACUGGUGAAAAUGACUGUAAAUAAAUGUUGUAAUUAGUGUA